CAGUGCGCGCUCCCGGCGGUUUCCUCGGCGCAGACUCCCGGCUGGAAUCUCGGCCUCUCCUCCUUACACUCAGGCCGUGGGUCCCGACAGAGAGAUCCCGUCCCCCUCCGAUUGGCCGUAACUUAGGCCCCGCUCGCGCUCCGUACGGUCGGUGACAGGGCGGCAGGCAGUGCGGACCCGGAAUCCCCCCCCUCUGAGGAUGAGCGGCUCCCGCAAUAACCGGGUGAUGGUAGAAGGGGUGGGGGCCCGGGUGUCUAGGGGCCCGGACUGGAAGUGGGGGAAGCAGGAUGGCGGAGAGGGACAUGUGGGCACCGUACGGAGCUUCGAGAGCCCCGAGGAGGUUGUAGUGGUCUGGGACAACGGUACGGCCGCCAACUACCGCUGCUCCGGGGCCUACGACCUCCGUGUGCUGGACAGCGCGCCUACCGGUAUCAAACAUGACGGAACAAUGUGUGACACCUGCCGCCAGCAACCGAUUAUUGGAAUACGCUGGAAAUGUGCAGAAUGUACAAAUUAUGACCUGUGCACUGUAUGCUAUCAUGGAGACAAACACCAUUUAAGACAUCGCUUUUACAGAAUCACAACGCCAGGAAGUGAACGGGUUCUCUUGGAGUCUCGUCGCAAAUCAAAAAAGAUUACUGCCAGAGGAAUCUUUGCAGGUGCUCGAGUGGUCCGUGGAGUAGAUUGGCAAUGGGAAGACCAAGAUGGUGGUAAUGGCAGAAGAGGAAAGGUAACGGAGAUCCAAGAUUGGAGUGCAUCAAGUCCACACAGCGCUGCGUAUGUUCUAUGGGACAAUGGAGCAAAGAAUCUUUAUCGAGUUGGAUUUGAAGGCAUGUCUGACCUUAAAUGUGUGCAAGAUGCUAAAGGAGGGUCAUUUUACCGAGAUCAUUGCCCUGUUUUAGGGGAACAAAAUGGUAAUCGUAACCCAGGUGGUCUUUCAAUUGGCGACCUAGUUAAUAUUGACCUGGAGUUGGAGAUUGUGCAGUCAUUGCAGCAUGGUCAUGGAGGAUGGACCGAUGGCAUGUUUGAAACACUGACGACCACUGGCACAGUUUGUGGCAUUGAUGAAGACCAUGAUAUUGUGGUGCAGUACCCCAGUGGAAAUAGGUGGACAUUUAAUCCAGCUGUUCUCACCAAGGCAAACGUUGUUCGGAGUGGGGAUGCUGCGCAAGGCGCCGAAGGAGGAACAUCUCAGUUUCAAGUGGGAGACCUUGUACAGAUAUGUUAUGACUUAGAACGAAUAAAACUGCUUCAACGAGGCCAUGGCGAGUGGGCUGAAGCUAUGCUUCCGACCUUGGGUAAAGUUGGCCGUGUACAACAGAUUUAUUCCGACAGCGAUCUGAAGGUAGAAGUUUGUGGAACAUCUUGGACGUACAAUCCAGCUGCUGUUUCCAAAGUAGCUUCUGUGGGAUCGGCGAUAAGCAAUGCAACCGGUGAGAGAUUGUCUCAGCUUUUGAAGAAACUGUUUGAAACGCAAGAAUCGGGAGAUCUUAAUGAAGAACUGGUGAAAGCUGCUGCUAACGGAGAUGUGGCCAAAGUGGAAGAUUUACUCAAGAGACAAGAUGUGGAUGUAAAUGGUCAGUGUGCUGGACAUACAGCAAUGCAAGCAGCAAGUCAGAAUGGACACGUAGACAUCUUGAAAUUGCUUUUGAAACAAAAUGUUGAUGUUGAAGCGGAGGAUAAAGAUGGAGACCGGGCUGUACAUCACGCAGCCUUCGGUGAUGAGGGUUCUGUUAUUGAAGUUUUACACAGAGGUGGGGCAGACUUAAAUGCUCGCAACAAACGUAGGCAGACCCCACUCCACAUCGCUGUGAACAAAGGCCACCUGCAAGUUGUAAAAACAUUAUUGGAUUUUGGCUGUCAUCCUAGUCUGCAGGAUUCCGAAGGCGAUACUCCUCUUCAUGAUGCAAUAAGCAAAAAACGAGAUGAUAUAUUGGCUGUACUGCUAGAGGCUGGAGCGGACGUUACUUUCACAAAUAACAAUGGAUUUAAUGCUCUCCAUCAUGCUGCAUUGCGGGGAAACCCCAGUGCCAUGCGUGUCCUGCUCUCCAAGCUGCCUCGACCGUGGAUUGUAGAUGAGAAGAAAGAUGAUGGAUACACCGCCUUGCACUUGGCAGCUCUCAAUAAUCACGUUGAAGUAGCUGAAUUGCUGGUUCACCAGGGAAGUGCAAACUUGGACAUUCAGAAUGUAAACCAGCAGACGGCACUUCACUUGGCUGUUGAACGUCAGCAUACACAAAUUGUCCGGCUGCUAGUACGAGCAGAAGCUAAAUUGGAUAUCCAAGAUAAAGAUGGUGACACUCCUCUACAUGAAGCCCUUAGACAUCAUACAUUAUCCCAACUGCGCCAGCUCCAGGAUAUGCAGGACGUUGGGAAGGUAGACACCAAUUGGGAGCCGUCAAAGAACACUUUGAUUAUGGGUCUUGGAACCCAGGGAGCAGAGAAGAAAAGUGCGGCUUCCAUAGCCUGCUUCCUUGCUGCAAAUGGAGCCGAUCUCACUAUUCGUAACAAAAAAGGACAGUCUCCACUGGAUCUCUGCCCUGACCCCAGCCUGUGCAAAGCAUUGUCUAAGUGCCAUAAGGAAAAAUCAAGCGGUCAAGUGGGAUCCCAUAGUCCAUCAAUGAUCAACAAUGAUUCUGAGACUCUGGAAGAGUGCAUGGUCUGUUCUGAUUUGAAGAGAGAUACUCUCUUUGGUCCAUGUGGACAUGUUGCAACCUGUUCUCUGUGUUCUCCACGUGUGAAAAAAUGUCUCGUAUGUAAAGAGCAAGUACAGUCUAGGACCAAGAUUGAGGAAUGUGUUGUCUGCUCAGACAAGAAAGCUGCUGUUCUUUUUCAGCCGUGUGGCCACAUGUGUGCUUGUGAAAAUUGUGCAAGUCUGAUGAAGAAAUGUGUUCAGUGUCGUGCUGUGGUUGAGCGCAGAGUGCCUUUCGUCAUGUGCUGUACUGGAAAGGGAACAGAAGAUGUCACAGAUGAUAUUGCAGGUGGGAACAUUCCAGCUUUACAAAAGGACAAGGACAAUACUAAUGUCAACGCCGAUGUGCAGAAGUUGCAGCAGCAGCUACAGGAUAUAAAAGAACAGACUAUGUGUCCUGUUUGUUUGGAUCGUCUGAAGAACAUGAUCUUCAUGUGCGGCCAUGGAACAUGUCAGCUUUGUGGAGAUCGAAUGAGUGAAUGCCCCAUUUGUCGGAAGGCCAUAGAACGAAGAAUUUUAUUGUACUAGACUCAAAAAUUGUUUAAUAUAUUAUGUUGCUUUUCUGUAUAUAGCUUUCCAAACUGUUACUGUAAUUGGGGCACAUUCUGUGACUGUGAUUUGAGUAAAACAAAAGCGACAAGAAUGCCUCGGGUUUACCUUGGAGAAAUGUGCCAUCUCACAUUCUGAAUAAUCCCUUUUAAAGCUAUCACCAAAAUAAUGUUUGUGAGAUUAUAGUGUGCGUGCAGUUAUUUAUUUUCAAGCAAAAAUCCACUGCCUUAGUCUUCUGAAAUUGCUUGGAAAGUGUUGUUUAGUUGGGGCGGUAUCCCUUUCAUUAUGAUAUUUUUCUUGAUAGCUGAGGAAAGGUAGCCUACCGAAUGCCUUAUUUUGGUGAUUUGAAAAUGUCAAAUGUUUAAAUUCUGUUUGAUUUUUUGUAAAUAAGAAGUGUUCCCUUUAAACCAAUCUCUGCAAACAAAUUAACCGGGCUCAGAUUAAAGAGUUGUUCAGUAUUGUUACUUAAUCUAUCUCUGCUCAAGCAGGCCUAAUUAUAAAUCAAGAACUUUUUUUGCAUGCCCUGCGGACUGGAGUUGAUUAUCAUUGCGUUAGCUUCUGGAAUCCUUAUAAAAACGAGUAAUGGAAUUUCUUUUAUUCAUUUUCAGAUACAGUAUGUCUUGUUAGGAGAGAGAAAACCUUCAUAUAACGAAACUGAGAUGUUGAGUCCCAAA